AUGUCUGAUUCAAACCAAGGUAAUAAUCAGCAAAACUACCAGCAAUACAACCAAAACCCCAACCAACAGCAAGGUAACAAUAGAUACCAAGGUUAUCAAGCUUAUAAUGCUCAAGCGCAACCUGCAAGUGGCCAUUACCAAAACUACCAAGGCUACUCUGGGUACCAACAAGGCGCUUUUCAACAGUACAACCCAGAGGCUGGCUACCAACAACAGUACAACCCCCAAGGUGGCUAUCAACAAUACAAUUCCCAGGGCGGUUAUCAGCAACAAUUCAAUCCACAAGGCGGUCGUGGAAAUUACCAAAACAUCAAUUAUAACAGCAAUAUACAAGGAUACCAAGCUGGUUUUCAACCACAGUCUCAAAGUAUGUCUUUAAAUGACUUCCAAAAGCAACAAAAGCAAGCUGCGCCUAAGCCAAAGAAGACUUUGAAGCUUGUUUCCAGUUCUGGUAUCAAGCUAGCUAAUGCUACCAAGAAAGUUGAUACAAAACCUUCCGAAACUGAAAAGAAAGAGGAAGUCAAGCCUGUCGAAACCAAAAAACCAAUUAAAGUUGAAGAACCAGUCAAGAAAGAGGAAAUGCCAGUAAAGGCCGAAGAAAAGAAGGAAGAAAAGUCUGAACUGCCAAAAGUAGGAGACUUAAAAAUUUCUGAAUCGACAGAUAACAGCAACACUACCAGUGCUACCAGUGCUGAUGCCUUGAUCAAAGAACAGGAAGAAGAAGUUGAUGAUGAGGUUGUUAAUGAUAUGUUCGGGGGCAAAGAUCACGUUUCUUUAAUCUUUAUGGGUCAUGUCGAUGCUGGUAAGUCUACUAUGGGUGGUAACUUACUGUACUUGACAGGCUCUGUGGAUAAGAGAACUAUAGAGAAAUAUGAAAGAGAGGCCAAGGAUGCUGGUAGACAAGGUUGGUAUUUGUCAUGGGUCAUGGAUACCAACAAAGAAGAAAGAAAUGAUGGUAAGACCAUUGAAGUUGGUAAGGCCUACUUCGAAACUGAGAAAAGGCGUUAUACUAUAUUGGAUGCUCCUGGUCAUAAAAUGUACGUUUCCGAAAUGAUUGGUGGUGCUUCUCAAGCUGAUGUCGGUGUUUUAGUCAUUUCUGCCAGAAAGGGUGAAUACGAGACUGGUUUUGAAAGAGGUGGUCAAACUCGUGAACAUGCCUUAUUGGCCAAGACCCAAGGUGUUAAUAAGAUGGUUGUCGUCGUAAAUAAAAUGGAUGAUCCAACUGUCAAUUGGUCCAAGGAACGUUAUGAUCAAUGUGUAAGUAAUGUCAGCAAUUUCUUGAAAGCCAUUGGCUAUAACAUCAAGACGGAUGUUGUGUUUAUGCCAGUAUCAGGUUACAGUGGUGCAAACUUGAAAAACCGUGUAGAUCCAAAAGAAUGUCCAUGGUAUACUGGCCCAACUCUAUUGGAGUAUUUAGAUACAAUGAACCAUGUCGAUCGUCACAUCAACGCUCCAUUCAUGUUGCCUAUUGCCGCUAAGAUGAAGGAUCUGGGCACGAUCGUUGAAGGUAAGAUUGAAUCUGGUCAUAUCAAGAAGGGUCAAUCCACCCUAUUAAUGCCCAACAAAACGGCAGUGGAAAUUCAAAACAUUUAUAAUGAAACUGAAAACGAAGUUGACAUGGCUAUGUGUGGUGAGCAAGUCAAGCUGAGAAUUAAGGGUGUUGAAGAAGAAGAUAUUUCCCCAGGGUUUGUACUAACAUCACCAAAGAAUCCUAUCAAGAGUGUCACCAAGUUUGUGGCCCAAAUUGCCAUUGUCGAACUAAAAUCUAUUAUAGCUGCUGGGUUUUCAUGUGUUAUGCAUGUUCAUACAGCAAUUGAAGAAGUUCAUAUUGUUAAAUUAUUGCACAAAUUGGAAAAGGGUACUAACCGUAAAUCAAAGAAGCCACCUGCUUUUGCCAAGAAGGGUAUGAAAGUCAUUGCUGUUUUAGAGACUGAAGCUCCGGUUUGUGUCGAAACUUACCAGGAUUACCCUCAGUUAGGUAGAUUCACCUUAAGAGAUCAAGGUGCUACAAUAGCAAUUGGUAAGAUCGUUAAGAUUGCUGAAUGA